AUGACGAGCCCAUUCGCCGAUCCCGAUGUGUUGUUCGGUCUGGAGCUCAAGGAACCGUGGGCGAGCAUGGUUUUGGAGGGAUCCAAGACGAUCGAGACUCGCACGUACGACCUGCCCCCGGAGCUCAUCGGACGCCCGCUCGUGCUGCUCGCCACGCCCGAGGACAGCGGUGCGCCCGGUACAUCGGGGCUCGCGGAUGUCGUCACGAUUCGUGGCGCGGCGACGAUACUCGGUCUCGUCACCUUCGACGACGUCAUUCAGUGGGACUCGCGUCAGACUUGGGCGAAGGACUGCGACAGGCACGGGGUCCCGGACGUCGACGAUGGGCCCUACGCGAACUACGUCUGGCGCGAGGACGACGCCGCCGAACCGGGUAAAUCGACCAUGAGGGGAUGGACGGUUUCGGAGGUCAUUCCGCUGCCCAACCCGGUGGAGUCUCCCCCCAUGCGGCGAGUGCUUCGGUCGAUAUUCGCACUCGAUACCUCGGUGGAAGAACUGCUGGCUGGGGCGUACGGCGACGACGACGGGGACGACGGCUUGGGAAGAUGGGACGACGAGGGGGAGAACGAUAGGCCUUGGCACUAG